UCUGUGUGCCUGUGUGGUGGUGGUGGGGGACACCUGACGACCUUCCCGUUCUCACGAUGACCUGUAAGGAAAAAGCAACCCCAGCGAGAUCCCUCCUGUGCUGAUGAUUUUCAGGGACUUGUUGGCAACUCAGCCAGGGUUGCCAUAGCUUUUUUAUGUAGGGUGACCAGAACCGGCUGAAACUGGUUUGAGGCAGAUCAGCUCCUGAACACAAUGCAGUCACUGAGCUACUACAGUGGGAUAGCAGCUUCCUCCCUUCAUGGCAGCCAAAAGCAGAGGAGCUUGCAGGAAGGUACCAUCCCAACACAGUAUGUGAACGCACACUUAGACACCACACAGCACUGGUACGUGACUAAUGGAGCCCUGAAAGAGCCUGUAUAGAGAAGAGGGAAGAAAAUGUGCAGGUUUGCAGGCUCUGAGAUUACUUGGGCUUUUCCUGCCUUUUUCUUUUGCUUAAGGGAUGGUCAAGGAGCUGAGAUUUAUGACCCUUAUUAAAGAAAAAAAUGUGCCUUGCUAGGGUGGGGACACUUGGUUUAUGCAGUCUCUCUUUUCUCUGUGUUUUUAACAAAGCAAAACCAAAAUGAACUGAUGGAUUUGUAAAUGGUAGUUUUGUUUGCUGCUGAAGAAUGCUACUUUGCAUGCUUUUUUUUUGCAGGGUAUGUUCUGUUUUGUGCUUUUCCUUUUAGAAGCUACUAGAGGGUGUUGGGGAUACUUCUGACUAUUAUGAAGGCCAAAAGGCCUGUUGACUGGGGCUGCUUUUAACCCUUUCGUAUUUGCAGAGAAUGCAACCGUGUGACAGUAACUGAACAUUGGUCCAAAGUCUUUCAAAAAGGUCAAGGUUAAUAAGGAGGAAAUGGCAGCUUAAAGAAGUAACUUGCUUAAAGAAGAAUCUUCAGUAACUAUUCAAGAACAUCUGAUCACAUUCAUGACCAUGGGGGAUAUGAAGACCCCAGACUUCGAUGACCUCUUGGCAGCAUUCGACAUCCCAGAUAUGGUCGAUCCUAAAGCAGCUAUCGAGUCUGGGCACGAUGACCACGAAAGCCACAUCAAGCAGAACGUGCACGUAGACGACGAUUCCCAUACCCCAUCGUCUUCCGAUGUUGGCGUCAGUGUUAUUGUUAAGAACGUUCGGAACCUCGAUUCCUCCGAGGGAAUGGAGAAGGAAGGCCACAAUUCCACGGGCAACAGCUUACACAAUGGGUUUCUUACAACAUCCUCUCUGGACAGUUACAGUAAAGACGGAACGAAGUCCUUGAAAGGAGAUGUGCCUACCUCAGAGGUGGCUUUGAAAGACUCAACUUUCAGCCAGUUUAGCCCUAUCUCAAGUGCUGAGGAGUUUGACGAUGAUGAGAAAAUAGAAGUGGAUGAUCCCCCGGACAAGGAGGAAAUGCGUUCAAAUUUUAGGUCAAAUGUGUUGACGGGAUCUGUUUCCCAGCAAGACUAUGACAAGCUGAAGGCACUUGGAGGGGAAAACUUAAGCAAAACUGGAAUUUCUACUUUAGGCAAUAUAGAUAAAAACAAAGUUGUUAAAAGAGAAACAGAAACAAAUUCUAUAAAUCUGAGUGUUUAUGAACCUUUUAAGGUUAGAAAAGUGGAAGAUAAAUUGAAGGAAAACUCUGAAAAGGUGCUUGAAAACAGGGUACUUGACGGAAAGCUGAGCUCUGAGAAGAAUGACGCCAGUCUUGUCAGUGCUGCACAGUCAAAGACCAAGUCGUCCUCCAAGCUUUCCUCGUGUAUAGCUGCCAUCGCGGCACUUAGUGCUAAAAAGGCUGCUUCAGACUCUUGCAGAGAACCAGUGACCAAUUCAAGGGAAUCCUCUCCAUUACCAAAAGAAGUAAAUGAUAGUCCAAGAGCUGUUGAAAAGUCUCCUGAAUCCCAGAGUCUGAUCGACGGGGCGAAAAAAGCGCCCAUGAAGCAACCGGAUAGUCCCAGGAGUGUUUCAAGUGAAAACAGCAGCAAGGGCUCGCCAUCCUCUCCAGCGGGAUCGACACCAGCAAUUCCCAAAGUCCGCAUAAAAACCAUUAAGACUUCUUCUGGGGAGAUAAAGAGAACGGUGACCAGAGUCUUGCCAGAAGUCGAUCUUGAUUCUGGAAAAAAGCCUUCAGAGCAGACGGCGUCCGUGAUGGCUUCCGUGACGUCCCUUCUGUCCUCUCCCACAUCAGCCGCCGUCCUUGCCUCUCCUCCCAGAGCACCUCUCCAGUCAGCUGUUGUCACCAAUGCCGUUUCCCCCGCAGAGCUGACACCGAAACAGGUCACCAUCAAGCCUGUGGCCACUGCCUUCCUCCCGGUUUCUGCCGUGAAGACGGCGGGCUCCCAAGUUAUUAAUCUGAAGCUCGCUAACAACACGACAGUGAAAGCCACGGUCAUAUCCGCUGCCUCUGUCCAGAGCGCCAGCAGCGCCAUCAUUAAAGCUGCCAACGCCAUCCAGCAGCAAACGGUCGUGGUGCCAGCGUCCAGCCUGGCCAACGCCAAACUCGUGCCAAAGACUGUGCACCUUGCCAACCUUAAUCUUCUGCCUCAGGGUGCCCAGGCCACCUCGGAACUCCGCCAAGUGCUAACCAAACCCCAGCAGCAAAUAAAGCAGGCAAUAAUCAAUGCGGCAGCCUCUCAGCCACCCAAAAAGGUGUCCCGAGUCCAGGUGGUGUCCUCCCUGCAGAGUUCUGUGGUGGAAGCUUUCAACAAGGUGCUGAGCAGUGUCAAUCCAGUCCCAGUUUACAUCCCAAACCUCAGUCCUCCUGCUAAUGCAGGUAUCACGUUACCGACUCGUGGCUACAAGUGCUUGGAAUGUGGCGACUCCUUUGCUCUUGAAAAGAGUCUGACCCAACACUACGACAGGCGUAGCGUGCGCAUCGAAGUGACGUGUAACCACUGUACAAAGAACUUAGUUUUUUACAACAAGUGCAGUCUCCUUUCCCAUGCUCGCGGGCAUAAAGAGAAAGGAGUUGUCAUGCAGUGCUCCCACUUAAUUUUAAAGCCAGUCCCAGCGGAUCAAAUGAUAGUUUCUCCGUCUAGCAAUACUUCUGCUUCAUCUUCCACUCUUCAGAGCUCUGUGGGAGCUGGCACACACACUGUAACAAAAAUUCAGUCUGGCAUAACCGGGACGGUCAUUUCCGCUCCUUCAAGCACACCCAUCAUUCCAGCGAUGCCUCUGGAUGAAGACCCGUCCAAACUCUGUAGACAUAGUCUAAAGUGCUUAGAGUGCAACGAAGUUUUCCAGGAUGAGACCUCGCUUGCUACACAUUUCCAGCAGGCUGCAGAUACGAGUGGACAAAAGACAUGCACUAUCUGCCAGAUGCUGCUUCCUAACCAGUGCAGUUUUGCAUCACACCAGAGAAUUCAUCAGCACAAAUCUCCCUACACCUGCCCUGAGUGUGGGGCCAUCUGCAGAUCGGUGCACUUCCAGACCCACGUCACCAAGAACUGUCUGCACUACACGCGGCGAGUUGGCUUUCGAUGUGUACAUUGCAACGUUGUAUACUCGGACGUGGCUGCACUGAAGUCUCACAUUCAAGGUUCCCACUGUGAAGUCUUCUACAAGUGUCCUAUUUGUCCCAUGGCGUUCAAGUCUGCCCCCAGUACACAUUCCCAUGCUUACACACAGCAUCCUGGCAUCAAGAUAGGAGAGCCAAAAAUAAUAUAUAAAUGUUCCAUGUGUGACACUGUGUUUACCCUGCAAACCUUGCUGUAUCGCCACUUUGACCAACACAUUGAGAACCAGAAGGUGUCAGUUUUCAAGUGUCCAGACUGUUCUCUUUUAUAUGCACAGAAGCAGCUUAUGAUGGACCAUAUCAAGUCUAUGCAUGGAACAUUGAAAAGUAUUGAAGGGCCUCCAAACUUGGGUAUAAACUUGCCUUUGAGCAUUAAGCCUGCAACUCAAAAUUCAGCAAAUCAGAACAAAGAGGACACCAAAUCUAUGAAUGGAAAAGAGAAAUUGGAAAAGAAAUCUCCAUCUCCUGUGAAAAAAUCAGUGGAACCCAAGAAAGUGGCAAGUCCUGGAUGGACGUGUUGGGAGUGUGACCGGCUGUUCACGCAAAGAGAUGUUUAUAUAUCUCACGUAAGGAAGGAGCACGGGAAGAUAACCCUCCUUCCACCACCUCAUAAUAACUCACAAGCUGCAACCCUUCUGACGCCCACUUCCACAAGCAAACUGCAGGUCUUUUUCAAGCAAAUGAAGAAACACCCUUGCCGCCAGUGUGACAAGUCCUUCAGUUCAUCACACAGCUUGUGUCGCCAUAAUCGAAUCAAGCACAAAGGCAUCAGGAAAGUUUACACCUGCUCGCACUGCCCGGACUCCAGACGCACCUUUACAAAGCGCUUGAUGCUGGAGAAGCACAUCCAGCUGAUGCAUGGCAUUAAGGACCCUGACCUAAAAGAAAUGACAGAAGCCACCAAUGAGGAGGAAACAGAAGUAAAGGAAGACACCAAGGUUCCCAGCCCAAAGCGGAAGUUGGAAGAACCAGUUUUAGAGUUCAGACCUCCCAGAGGAGCAAUUACUCAACCGCUGAAAAAGCUAAAGAUAAAUGUUUUCAAGGUUCACAAAUGUGCUGUGUGUGGCUUCACCACCGAGAACCUCCUGCAGUUCCACGAACACAUCCCGCAGCACCGAUCGGAUGGCUCCUCCUACCAGUGCCGGGAAUGCGGCCUCUGCUACACGUCCCACGUCUCGCUCUCCAGGCACCUCUUCAUCGUGCACAAGUUGAAGGAACCACAGCCAGUGUCCAAGCAGAACGGGGCUGGGGAAGACAGCCAGCAGGAGAACAAGCCCAGCCCCGAGGACGAAGCCUCCGAUGGUGCCGUGUCAGACCGAAAGUGCAAAGUGUGUGCAAAAACUUUUGAAACUGAAGCUGCCUUAAAUACUCAUAUGCGGACCCACGGCAUGGCCUUCAUAAAAUCCAAAAGAAUGAGUUCAGCUGAGAAAUAGCCACCGGCGUUCCAUGAGGAAAAUCCCUGUCCACAUUGGAAUCAAAAACAGACAUUUUUGUUGCAGAAAGUUUGCAGUAUAAUAGAGUUAACAGUACUGCGCAGGCUGUUGCAAUAUAUUCUCUUUCCAUGUACCUUCCUCACCUUGUCAUGUAUAUCCUUGCUAAGUAUUAAAACACUAUUUGAGUUUAAAAGAGUUUGUAUAUAUUUAAAUGAAUAACUUUUUAUACUCUUUGUUACAUGUUUGUAUCAGUAUUUAGUGGAAAUGUUUUGAGUUUUUUGGGGGUUAGGAUUUUUCUUUUUUGUACUGUUUCUUUAAAACAGUUCUUAGUAACAGGGGCAGUUCCUGAAUUCAAAUAAACCAUUUUGUAUGUUAUGGAUUUGAAUGGGUUAACUAAUUACAGGCUACGAUAAUGCCUUUUUUAGUGUUUUUUAGUUUUUAGAAUUCACUACAUAAAUUGUAGGUGAUUUGUGGGUCUCACAAACACUAGGAACUUUUAAGUGUCUUAGCACUAUCCUCAGUGUGCCUGCCCGAAGUCAGCGAGGGCACGUUCGGGACGCACCUGCGCACCGCCGCCUUGUCAGGCCAUGCCAAACGGUGUUUAAAGCAGCCUUGUAAGUAGCUUCUUUCCCAGUGGUGGGUUAAAAACGGAGGCCCAGAGCCCAGUAAGGAAUGUGGAUUUCCUUCAUUCCUUCUUAAGGAAUGGGGAAAGAAGGUGUUACAAAGGAAAAAGAAAACGAGAGCUGAUUGUCUGCUGGGCAAAUUUGCAAGGCUGGUUUAAAGAGCACAAGGAGGUAAAAGUUACGAAAGGGCUGGACUACUGUAAAAGUUACAAAUAUGUAGUUAGACCAAUAGAUUUAUACAGUCAGGUUUUUGUCAUGUAAUUUAUUAAAUAUUACAGACACACAACUAAGAAUAUCAAGUAUUUCUCUGGCUCUUGACAGGAAAAAAAGAAUCGGUUGACUUAACCCUUUGCUGUCUAAAGAGUUGGCGUUUCCAGUUGGGUGCUACUGCCAAACGUCCUGGUUCUUAGAGUUGGGGUGCUCAACCUCGACCACCAACUCACCAGUGCUGCAGCCUGGGGGUUGCAGUUGGCCAUUAGAUUACACGCUGAGCCCCCUGGGUUUAUUCCAGCCAUUUCAAUGCCUGUACUACUCGUAGUUCUGCUCUACUGAAGUGCAGCAAAGGUACUCUUCUGUCCCUUCCAUUUAUAGUUCUCUGGGAGAGUUAAAUUUUUUGCAUUUUUUUGUGUAUGUGUUUUCUUUUGCAUUUUAUAACUUGUAUUUAUCCCUAAACAUGUUUUGUACUUUUUUUUUUUUUUUUAAGAAACUCUUGUGUAUAUACAGAUACUUGCAUGAUAAACUGUAGUCAACGUUCGGUUCCUCAGAAGUCUUGCUGCUGUCAGGUGUUAUGCACUACAACCCCUCCUAACUGUAUUAAACGCAUUUCAGAUGUAAAUAAACGUGGGACAUUUGGCC